CUGCAGUGGGCCCCGCACCCCACGUCAAGGGGCGAGGGAGGGUCCGCUUCGCAUCAAUUUCUUUCACAUUAGCUUAGGGAAUUCCAAACCUCGAUCUCGAGUUUUAUUAAAUGAACUAGGUCGAGCUAUUUAUAGCACUACGCCAUAUUCUACUUUCGGUGAAGGCCGCGGACUUUGACUGUCAAUGCAGGUGUUUUAGCAGACCGAUGAAAAGAUGGCAAGUCCGGCGUCAGUCGAGGUGGACGUAGUCGUUGUAGGAGCAGGGUUGUCUGGGCUUAGUGCAGCGUAUGAACUGACAAAAAGAGACCCCAGUCUUCGCGUGGCUGUGCUGGAAGCAAAAGAUAGGGUUGGUGGUCGCACUUUAACAACAACAUUAAAAGCAGCAGGAGGAGAAGAUGUAUGGGAUCUUGGUGGACAGUGGGUAGGAAGGACUCAGGUUCACAUAAUGGCGCUGUUACAAGAGCUGGGCCUUGAGGUGUAUAGUCAGUACAACAAAGGAAAGAAGUACAUGAAGCUCGGAAACAACAAAAUUAAAACAUAUGUCUCAGACAUCCCAACACUACCCAUUUGGGCAUUAUUAGAUCUUCAUUUUUUUCUGAAAAAGAUAGAUCAUAUGAGUACCAAAGUUCCAAUUGAAGACCCAUAUAAAUGUCAGUAUGCUGAGGAAUGGGAUAGUGUUACUGUAGAAGAUUUUAAACAAGAACAUUGUUGGACAAAAGCUGCUAUGGAAGCCAUAGAUUGUGCAGUCUUAGUGAUGUUUGGAGUGGACUGCUCUCAGAUAUCUUUGCUGUAUUUUCUGGCAUACAAUAAUGCUGCUGGUGGGAUUAAAGCUCUAACAGAGUCCUCUGAAGGCGCAGGGCAGGAAUUCAAAGUUAAGGGUGGAACUCAACAGAUAUCUCAAUUAUUGGCUGAAAAAGUUGGAAAGCAAAAUAUUUAUUUAAAUAACCCUGUAAUGACAGUGACCCAAGAUGACACACAAGUACUUAUAACCACAACUACAGGGGACGUUUUCAGGUGCUCCAGAGCAAUUUUUACAACAAUGCCUCAACAAACAGCCUCAGUGCAGUUCAAUCCAAGUUUGCCUCUUGAAAAACUGGAACUGUUCAAGAGAAUGCCAGCUGGUUGUAUUGUGAAGUUCAUUAUUACUUAUCAAAAUACUUUUUGGCGGGAUGCAGGUUUCUCUGGGGAGAUCGUAACAUGUGGCAGAACUAAAACAGGAGAAGAUGGCCCCCUGGGGGUGGUGUUUGAUGCAACCUCUCCAAAUGGGAAUCCUGCUUUGGUUGGCUUUGUGGCAGCCAAACAGGCAGUUAAAUGGAGCUGUGAUGAAGCAUCAAAGAGAAAGGCAGCAGUGCUGUCUGGCAUUGCAGAGUUCUUAGGUCCCCAAGCUGAGGAAUGCCUGGACUAUGUAGAACAGAAUUGGGGAGAGGAGCCUUACACUUUGGGUGGACCCGUAUCCCCAGCUACUACAGGAUGCAUGGCCUAUUUUACUGCAGGCCUAAGGCAACCAUUUAAUAGAAUCCACUUUGGGGGGACAGAGUCGGCCACAGUGUGGUGUGGUUUCAUGAAUGGUGCUGUGCAAGCAGGAACUAGAACUGCCAUUGAGGUUCUCUACCACCUCCGACCCCAAGCAGUUGCCACAGAAGAACUUAGACAAAGUGCCUAUUGUCCGGCGUCCACCUGGCCACAGAAGAAGAGGAAAGUGAAGAGACAUAAGAUAUUGAAAUGGACCCUUGGGUUUGGGGUCCUCACUUGUUUAGCAUUAGUGGCAAGAAGAACUUACAUAAAAUACAUUGAUUGAGAAUUUGAGUUACAUGUACUUAAGAUAAUUGUGUAGAAAGUAAAUGACCACAUGAAAAUGUUUACUAGUACAGAUUUGUAGCUUACAUUUGCAUGCGUUAGUGUAGUUUCUGGCAGAUUUUUAA